GUAGCAGCCCACGUGCGAACUCAGCGUCAUUGUAACGCAGAGAGACAGACAAGAUUUUUUUUUUUUCCCUCUUUUUUCAUAGUUGAUUAAUCCUACGGUCAAUAUUCUCCUAAUCAUCUGUUCGAAAACCCUAGAUCAUUUUCAUUUUUCUACUCUUCCUUAUAUACCCCUAUAUAUAGUAGAAAUUCUCUGGCCAGCGUUCCUCUCACGCACCCUUUCUGCUUCUCAAUCUCAUUCUUUCUUUCUAAUCUAAAGUUUUCAGUCGCCGUCGCCGCCUCCGCCGCUGCCAUGUCGGACGAAGAGCACCACUUCGAGUCCAAGGCCGACGCUGGAGCUUCCAAAACCUAUCCUCAGCAGGCUGGUACUAUUCGUAAGAACGGUUACAUCGUUAUCAAGAACCGCCCUUGCAAGGUUGUUGAGGUUUCAACCUCAAAGACUGGGAAGCACGGACAUGCUAAAUGUCACUUUGUUGGAAUUGAUAUCUUCAAUGCCAAGAAGCUCGAGGAUAUUGUUCCUUCAUCCCACAACUGUGAUGUUCCCCAUGUCACCCGUACUGAUUACCAGCUGAUUGAUAUUUCUGAGGAUGGAUUUGUUAGUUUGCUGACUGAGAACGGUAAUACCAAGGAUGACCUGAGGCUUCCAACCGAUGAAAAUCUGCUUUCUCAGAUCAAGGAUGGAUUUGCUGAGGGAAAAGAUUUGGUUGUGACUGUGAUGUCUUCCAUGGGGGAGGAGCAGAUUUGUGCUCUUAAGGACAUUGGCCCAAAGUAAUUAUUGUUCCUUGCUUUGUGGGGCAAGUCUGUUGUUCGACUGCUGAUAAUUGUAGUUUAGAAGUUGGCCUUAUGUCGGUUUGUGAACUGGACCCAUUUCAGGAACAUUUUACAUGAGAUGUGGUCUUCAGUUAUAAGUAGACCUUAUAUCAUUAAGCCGCUUUUUAUUUAUUUAUAUUUUGGUGUUUCUUUCUUGGUGUGAAGAAGUUGCAUCUGCCAGUAAGACUAUGCUUCUCAGCACCUUUCGGAUGCUUCAAACUGCUUACAGUUUCAUUUUCUUAUAGAUUUUGCUUUACUCGAA